CAGUUGAAUCGGCUGACAUUCACAGCACGCUUCCCGUUUUGACGCUCUUUGGGAACGCCUUGAAAUAGCCUCGGCUACACAGAAGUUAGGGUUGAUACCAUAGACUGUAAAAAAUAGAUUGAUACCUGCCUCUUGUUUCUUUUUCCUGCAUGUUUUGGGCCACACCUUACUCGACUCCACCUAAAUCAACAGGUAGGUAGGCUAGUUAACACCAGUUAUGUACAGUGAAAAAAAUUGAAGUGCGAUCAAACUUGUUUGAUUUGCACAAAGAUCGAAACCUCUUCUGUCCGAGAUCUCAGCGUCUGUUAAGUUUUUCACGAACACAGCUGGAUGGACGAGUCAGAAGUCGACGGAGGAGAGAAGGGAGGUGGAGUGUCCAAACAUGAGAAAGACCAGAGUUGGAUCCCCAAAAUAAUCAAAAAGAGACUGUGCACAACAUUUGUGGAAGAUGCAUCAAGCGAUGGCCAGUGGUGCCAAUGUGGGGUACCCAAAAAGGACCAUCAGUCGAUUGCCCUGGGCGACUACUUCAGCACAGCCAUGGUCAGCAACUGGGUCUCUGCUCAGCAUUCCUCCGAAGCUCCCACGGACGCCUUUGGUGAAGUGGAGUUUGAUGGGGCUAGUAAGAGGCACAGCUAUUACUUGCGUCUGUCAUCCGACACCCCAGCCUCCAUUGCCUACACCCUGAUAACGGCCCACUGGGGCCUGAGUCUGCCCAACCUGGUGGUGUCUGUGGUGGGUGGAGAGGGCAAAUCAAAGGUCCAGGCGUGGGUGCGAGAGGUACUGCGGCAGGGACUGGUCAAGGCCUCCCAAAGCACAGGGGCAUGGAUCCUAACGGAGGGUCUGCGAGAGGGUGUUGGGCGCUGUGUAGGAGAGGCAGUAAGGGACCAUGCCACUGCUGCAUCCUCCAUCUCCCAAAACAAGGUUGUUGCCAUAGGGAUUGCAUCAUGGGGGCUGGUCAAUAAUCGGGAACAGCUAAUCCACCCUGAGGGUAGCUUCCCAGCGAAGUACCAUGCUGACAACAAAUUCAGUGACUCGUGUUGCCUGGACAAGAACUACCAGGCCUUCUUGCUGGUGGAUGAUGGAAGUGUAAACCGACGCGGUGGUGAGGAUGGUUUCAGGGCCCGUCUGGAAGACUACAUAUCCAAACAACGCACUGGGAUAUGGGGUAGUGGAACCAUCAACAUUCCUGUGCUAUGUUUGCUGGUGGCUGGAGAGGUCAACUACAUGGAGAGAUUGAAUGAAUCUUUGAAAACGGGAAUGCCCUGGUUGGUCCUGGUUGGCUCUGGUGGUGUGGCCAACCUGAUCGGGGAUCUCCUGGAGAAUCCCCUGAUCAGUGCUGGAGAGUCUAAGAGCGAUGCGGGCUCUGGAGGAGAGCUGAAGGAGAGGCUGGCCGAGCGUGUUCGGAAGCAUUUCCCCGCCGAGGCAGACACGGACAAACUGACUGAGAAGACGUUAAGUAUCUACCAGAACAGAGACCUGAUCUCCAUCUACAAUAGAGAACAGGAGGGACCGGAUGACUUUGACACUGUGUUACUUCGAGCUCUUGUCAAAGCAAGCAAACGCUGUACAUCGGCAGACUCAAGCCCAUACACUGACGAGCUGAAACUUGCUGUGACCUGGAACCGGGUGGACAUCGCCAGGAGUGAGCUGUUCAAUGGGGAUAUCCAAUGGAAGUGUGCUGAUCUUGAAGACUCCAUGACUGACGCACUAGUCAAUGACAAGCCGGAGUUUGUGCGCCUUUUCAUUGAAAACGGCUUGAACAUCCUGGACUACCUGACCAAUGGGCGCCUGGAGAGCCUGUACCGCUCUGUCUCCGACAGCUCGGUCGUCUACACCCUCCUCCAGCGCCACCUUGCCCUGCGAACCAGCGCUGCUGGCCCCGGCUCCUUAAACUCCCUCUCAGACCCGCAGUCAGUGUCCCCGAAGGAGACGUAUAUGAUUCGUCCAGCCAAAGAGCUCAGCCUGUAUGAGGUGUCUUGUGUCCUGGAGAGUUUGUUAGGGGAUGUGUGUCAGCAUUUUUACUAUAGUCCCUUAUCGCUUGACAUCAUGACCUCUAAGAGAAGAGCUUUUAAGAAAGUGUGUAAGUUCCUGCAGGGUCCAUGUGUGUACCGACAGAAGCGCUGUUUCUACCCCUGGGCCUCACUCUUCAUCUGGGCCGCGCUUCAAAACCGCAAAGAGAUGGCCAUCUAUUUCUGGGAGAUGGCUGGAGAGUCAGUGCUCAGUGCCCUGAGUGGCUGUAAGCUGCUGAGAGAGCUGUCCAAGCUGGAGAUGGAGACUGAGACGAAAAACUCCACGAAGGAGCUGGCACAGAUGUUUGAGAACCUGGCAUAUGGUGUGUUCAGUAAGUGCUAUGAGAGUAGUGAGAGUCGCUCAUUCACACUGCUCAUCAGGAAGUCUCCAGUGUGGGGCGCGGCCACCUGUCUACAGAUGGCCAUGGCGGCCGACGCGCGCGUCUUCUUCAGCCACGACGGAGUGCAGUCUCUGCUGUCUCAGAUCUGGUGGGGAGACAUGGACAGAAGCACGGAGGUGUGGAAACUCAUCCUCACCUUCUUCAUCCCUCCCCUCUGCUACACCGACCUCAUCUCCUUCAGAGAACUGGAGGAGCCUGAAGAGGCCAAUACCGAGGCAGGAGAAGGAGGCACACGGGCAGGAGACCACCACCACCUCUACGGAGAGACUGUCUUCUCCUUCUCCGACAUCAAACACCUAAGUCCUGAUGAAGCAGAAGAGGCCGAAGCUGAUGGCCAUAUAAGGACAACCACAAAAGGUUCACCACAUCCAAAAAAGCAUCCUUUCGUGUUCUCACGCUGGCGCCAAUUCUGGUACGCACCGGUGACGGCGUUCCAAGGCAACGUCCUGAUGUACUUUCUCUUCCUGUUCCUCUAUGCUUACGUCUUAUUGGUGGACUUCAAGCCGCCACCCCCGCGUGGCCCAGCAAUAGCUGAAUAUUUGUUGUACUUCUGGGUGUUCACCAUCAUCUGCGAGGAGAUUCGAGAGACAUUUUUUGUUGGUAGUAUGACCCUUCGCCAGAGGCUACGGUUAUAUUCACAGGAUGUAUGGAAUAAUUGUGACCUUGUUGCUGUAACUCUCUUCAUCGUUGGCGUUAUCUGCAGGAUGUUCCAGAGGACGUAUGAGCUGGGCCGUAGUGCUCUGUGUCUGGACUACAUGGUGUUCACCAUCAGACUCAUUCACAUCUUUGCCAUUCACAAGCAGCUCGGGCCCAAGAUAAUCAUCGUCGGCAAGAUGAUGAAGGAUAUAUUCUUCUUCCUCUUCUUCCUGGCGGUGUGGCUGAUGGCAUAUGGGGUGGCCAAUCAGGCGCUUCUGUACUCCUAUGACCCCAGUCCUGAUAGGAUAUUUCGUCGGGUGUUCUACAGGCCCUAUCUGCAUAUAUUUGGACAGAUACCUGUGGAGGAAAUAGACACUGGGAAGACAUGGGACAUGGAAUGCACUAAUAACAGGACUUUGAUAGAGCAGGGAGAUGAGCCCUGCAGGGAUACCUACCCUAACUGGCUAGUGGUCAUCCUGCUGGUGGUCUACCUGCUGGUCACCAAUAUUCUGCUCAUCAACCUCCUGAUUGCCAUGUUCAGCUCCACUUUCUCAAAGGUUCAGGAGCGCAGUGACACCUACUGGAAGUUCCAGCGGUACAACCUGAUCGUGGAGUACCACUCCAAACCCUCGCUUGCUCCCCCCUUCAUCUUCCUCUCUCACCUGCACAUCCUUGUCAAGAGAAACAUCCGCAAGGUCCCCUCCGUCAAGAUCCAUCACUUCGCCCAGGUGCUAGAGGGGAAAGCGGCCAACCGCCUGAUGACGUGGGAGGGGAUUCAGAAAGAGAACUUCCUGUCUGACGAGAGCAAGAAGCAGAGGGCCAGUGACUCUGAGAGGCUCAAGAGGAUGUCUGUCAAAGUGGAUGGUAUGAUCAAACAGAUGGCUGAGAUGAGGGACGUGGAUCACCGACUGAGAGCUCUGGAGUCACAAAUGGAGUUUUGCUCAAGUGCCAUGCAGUGGGUUAUGGAGAGUCUGACACAGAGCAAUGUGGUGAAGUCCGCUCGUCCCCCACCUACUCUCAAUGAAACGCAGUCAUCGUUUGCAUCAAGCUGAUCCAUUUUAUUUCGUCAUGAGUGUACACACACACACACACACACACACACACACACACACACACUUUGUCUCAGGGUCAGAAGCGGGCAGUGUGUUUCUUGCCCCUUUCACCAACACAUUUUUUUUUAACAACUUUUCACGUCUUCGUAAAAAGGGCCCCUCAUUGUUUUCUAUUUCCAUUUUUGAAACGGCACUUACUUUGCAGUUCAUUGUUCUCAAUGUUCCCCUGUGCAAAGUGUUCCCCUGGGACCCGACCUGCUUCUCCCCCUUCAUUGGACGCAAACCUGUGUGUGUGUGUGUGUGUGUGUGUGUGUGUGUGUGUGUGUGUGUGUGAGAGUGUGUGUGUGUGUGUUUGUGUGUGUGUGUGUGUGUGUGUGUGUGUGAGUGAGUGACUGUGUGUGUGUGUGUGUGUGUGUGUGUGUGUGUUUGUGCGGGGGGGUGAGUUGGUUUAAAGGAGGGUUGCUUUACUCAGAAAUAUGACUGGGGGGGUUGUGGUGGUGGUGGGUUUGUCUUAACAGAAUGAAUGGCAUAAAUGCUUUUGCAUUGUUGUGCACUUUUUUAAAAACCUGUGUCAUAUGAAUUUGCAAUAUUUUUUACUGAUCGUUUUUAUGGUUUUGCAAUAUAUGCCAAACAGAAACAGUGCUGCAGAAAAAGACGGGUGCUCGAACAACACACUGACAGAUUUACAGUGGGUCAUGGGACUCUGGGCAACCACACAGCUAACUGCCCUGUGCUGGGUGAACAGCUGUAAUCCGGUUGCCUGCCAGUUAACGCUAGGCUAACUCUGUGUGUUUACAUGUAAUCACAGAAGGAGAGAGAAAAUGGACAUGGCAUUAGCAGGUUAGCUGCUGUGCAUGUUAGCAAAGAAGCUACACUACUGUUUGCACAGAGUAUAGGAUUUUAAACAGAAUAAUAUAUAGUUACAAAACACAGUAUGUGUGCUAGGAAAACCAAAUAUAAUGCUGGAAUUGUAUUUAUGUUUAUAGUCUAUUUUUAAUAAAUAUUGGACAACUCAAUAGCACUUUUGCUUAUAACCAAAUGUUACAACAGUACUAGUGUACUGUAAUCGCAAUUGUAUUGAUUUCUUUGUCUACACUAAAAUAUUGCCACUUAGGCUACAGGGUACAUACAAGAUAAGUGGCCAAUCUAUUAGAAGUCCUUCUGUUUUUUGGUUGUCGCUGCUGUUUAUUCUACUGUAUAUUGUGAGGGUGUUCUCUCCUCUGUUCCUUAUGCAGGGACAAGCUGACACUAGGGCUUCAUCACUGACUGUAUCCACAUAAGCGCUUGACAGUUUUACUUAUCCAUUAGUCUGUAAUAUAUACGGUGUUACUUAAGAACUUGUCCCACUUAACCACUUUCUUGGUUCAUUCAGCAGUUUUAAGUUUAGUGUCAUUAGUGUCUAGUAUUCUAGAUUUAAUAUUUUCUUUAGUCUUUAAUAUUGUGCAUCAGUGGUAGUGUGUGGUAUGCAGGGUCUUAUUUUAAAAGAUGGCGUUUAGAGGUAUGGAACAGCUCAGCAGAAAUGACCCAUGAGAUGGGGUGAGGGCUGAACACAUAGUUCUGCAACGUGUCAAUGCUUCUCACAUUUCUUUUGAGGUUAAGAGUCAUCUAAUUCUCUCUCUCCCUCUCUCUCUUACUCAUACUUAGACUACCUCUCCAAUACCAUUUGUUCCUAUCCAGCAGUUACAGUUUGUUUGACACCUUGUACUUGUGGUUCUCAAUUAUGUUCAAGGCCUCUAUGACAUGAUCAUAUCAAAGUAUUUCUAAUAAAGGUUAACAAUCCCA